UAAGAAUGCCGACUAUAGCCUAGUACUAAAAUGCCUUCUAGGCCUACAAUAGCCUUGAUCCCUUACUCUGCCUUUGCUGAAGAGUGAAUGCAGAGUGAAGGGUCAGGUCUAGUGUAAGCAUUUCUGAGGGAAUAAACUAAUUUUACCAGACUUGUCUUAAUCUAACCUCGAACACUGCGCAAUCCUGGCCAAGGGGAAGAGGUGGCCUUCAAACCCCCCUCCCCCUUUCCAAGGGUGAUAUAAAGCAGUCCAGGAUGGAUCUAACAGAAUACAAAAUUUGUAAAGCACCGGAUUGUGCAUACUACAUCCCAAAUUUCAUCACAGAAGAAGAGGAAAAGCAACUUCUGGGUAAUAUUUAUUCAUCUCCAAAGCCAAAAUGGAAAGAAUUAUCACACCGAAGACUUCAGAAUUGGGGUGGACUUCCUCAUCCUAAGGGAAUGGUGGCAGAGGAUAUUCCUUUGUGGCUACAAGAACAGAUGGACAAGAUAUCAUCACUGAAUGUCUUUGGAAAACACAAACCUAAUCAUGUACUUGUGAAUGAAUAUCUCCCUGGCCAGGGUAUUAUGCCCCAUGAAGACGGUCCUUUAUUCUACCCUACCAUAACCACUGUAAAUGUUGGAAGUCACUCUAUGUUAGAAUUCUACAGACCAGUAAAACCUGAUGAUGAAAAAGAUGACAGUUCUCAGUCCCUGUCAGACCGACACAUUGGUUCACUCCUGUUAGAACCGAGAAGUCUCCUAAUUCUACAAGAAGACAUGUACACAUCAUAUUUGCAUGGCAUUAGUCAAGUUGCGGAAGAUGUCUUAUCAGGAGAUAUCUUUAAUAUAGAGCUGUGUUCGUCAAAUAUCGGUGAUGUUUUAGUUAGGGACACUAGGAUUUCUUUAACAAUAAGACAUGUGCCAAAAGUUGUGAAAGCUAAUAUGAUAUUUGGGAGGAGGAGAUGACCUAUCAAAUUUGGAUAUACAUAGUAGUAGUUUUCCUGAAUUUCUAAGUACAGUACGUACAUUUUGCGCCAUUAAUGGCAUAUUGAUUUACCAAAAUUUUCAUGGAUUUUAAUGUGUGGAUUUUCACCGUUGUACUACAGGAAUAUAAAUAGUCCCGCAUUGUAUUGAAGCACAAAUUACUAAAUGGUUAACAGUUUUUUUUGUAUUAAUUUAAUUUUUAACGUUAUCGGCUAUGAUGAAUGUGAAAUUAUUUGUAGCCAUUUCCACUGAAUUGGCUGAUCAGUUAGUAAGCAAUAUUCUGGAUCAAUGCCAUAUCACAGUCAAAGUUAAAAUAUAGUAUAUUAGAAAUAUAAUUACAUUCAUUUCCAUGGGUGAAUACAUCUGAUUAGUUUGUGUUACGUGUUUCAUUUUCUAUUUCAUUUGAACAUAACAGCAGAAAAUUAUAUAAAUGUGUUCAACCUUGUUUUUCAUUUCUGGAAAUAAACUAAGAUUAUUCUACUUAUUAUACCUAUAUUUCAGAAUUGACUAUAUAGUGGUUAGCUCUAAAUAUAUUUCUGUUUUGAAGAAUUUGAUGUUUUGGUGAAAUUUCCAAGUAAAUGUAAGUUGUGUUGUAUGCAUACGGAGAUUACAUAAUUUUCUGUAUCUUUGCCAAGGGAAGAAAUUCUGUUCUGUGCACAUCUGACAAUUAUAGUCUGAAGUUUAGUUAAUUAAGUCUGCUGAACCCAGUCAUGUUAAUUUUAAGCAAGAAAAAAAAUACAUGUACAAUAAAACAUUAGAAUUGCA